AUGUCUGAACCUCAAUGGGACGACUGGGUUCGAAGCAUUUGCGAAGUGUUAACGAUUAUAAAUUGUAUAUUUUUUGUAUUCUUUCAACAGUUGGGAGAGAUUCGUACUCAAGGAAUAGCCGGGUAUUUUAGGAACUUGAAAACGGUUCCAGCAAAAGCGGUGUUUUGUGUGGCUAACAUUUGUAUACUAAUGUGUAUACCAUUUCGUAUUCUUAAACUUCAUGAACUUGAAGAGGCACUUUUUGUGUUCGCCUUGCCUGGUUCAUGGAUAUUUCUGCUAUUUUUUGCAAGAAGUGCCAAACUCACCGGACCUUUCGUACAAAUGAUCUAUAGUAUGAUUGCCGGUGAUAUGAUGCGAUUCGCUAUUAUUUCUGCCAUCUUCCUUAUAUCCUUUUCACAAGUGUUCUACUUUGUCGGUAAGGAUAUGGACGCCAAGCAACAACUCAACACCUCGAAUCCAUAUCACUGUCCAGUGGAAGGCUACGACAUCUACACAUACGACAACUUUAUCGAGACUUUCAUCACGUUGUUCAGAGCCAGUAUGGGCGGAUACGAUUACGAAGAGUUCGCAUGCGCCAACUACGAGGUGCUGACAAAGACGUUGUUUGUGUUGUACAUGUUUGUAAUGCCGAUUAUGAUGAUCAACAUCCUUAUUGCCAUGAUGGGUAACACCUAUACCACUGUGAUCGCUCAAGCCGAGAAAGCCUGGCGGCAGCAGUACGCCCAAAUUGUGAUGGUCCUGGAACGAUCGGUAGGACCUGAGAAAUUGGCAGCCAGUCAGCUGGAAUACAGUAUCAAAUUGAACGAUACGAACGACGCUGCGCUAGAAGUGCGCGGUUUGAUGGUUAUCAAACAGACGAAGAAAACGCGAGCAAAACAGCGGAAGCAAGCGAUCCAUCAUUGGAAAACCAUCGGCCGAAAGGUUAUUCAUACGAUUGCCAAAGUCGGAAAGGAGCAUGCGAUUCAUCUGCUACAUGGUCACGAUCGACUUGAUCCGAUCAUUGAAGAUGAAAAGGUCUGGUAG